AUGGCGGAUGCUCAGGAUCGCGACUCCCCUCCCGUGGUACCUCCCAAGGAGCCCAUUGGGGCCAAGACUACAGAACCAAGUGCUGAUCCGAAAACAAAAGGCGAGCCUCCUGCCUCUAAUAAAAGAGAGAGCGAAAGGGAAGGUCAAGAAAAGUCUCGUUCUCCCGAGAAGCGAGCUCACAAAGUGUCGCCAAGAUCAAUCCCUGGAGGCUGGAAUGACGAUGAGACCAGCGAACCAGUACUCAAGGGAUAUGAAACAAUUGAACAAGGAUCUCAGGCUCAGAAAGGAAUGGGAAAGCAAGAUCUAAUGGAGUUGGAUAAUUCGGUUGAAACUCUGAUCACCUUCGACGAUGCCACUGUCCAUCAGUCCCAAUCCCAAUCGCAGUCGCAGUCGCAGUCGCAGUCGCAGUCGCAGUCGCCGCCACUGCGUAGAACUGGUCUGCUACCCACAUCUGAAGAAUUUCAAUCACUCGAUCAUCUUGCCGGCUUUGCAAACGAUAGCCUCACUCAUACCGAUGAUAAGCUAAAAGAGGAGAACAUUCUUCUUCAACGUCACAUCCAAGAUCUUCACAGAAAGCUUUCGACACUCAGCACCGACAGACAGAUUGCGGAAGAAAAAGCAGAUAGAUUGUCAGAAAAGGUCGACAGCAUGAAGCAGAGAAUGAGCUCCAGCAUGACAGAGGUCGAGCGCAGCAGUGAGACCCUAGCUACUAAGGUAGAAGAACUGACAGAGGAGAAUCGCGCCCUAAGGGAACAACUCAACGAUGCCCAAUCUCACAUAUUCAGCCUUCAACCCUACCGGAAAGACUUGACUCCAGAAGAGGUCGGACAGGAGUAUGAUACUCUGGUCGAGCAUGUUCAAGACUGGGUCCAGAAGUUUAUGGACCCCUGGCUCGAAGACUACAAAGACGGUGUUGAAGCCCUCAUGAACAACGCAAAGAAGAGAGCGGUCGACGCCAACAAGUUCAGAAAGGUUCUAUACCAGUACCCUGAUUUGGCCAAUGGGUCCAUGUUUCCUGAAACGGACGAGGACAUCAUCGCAUCUGUAAUAAUGAGAUUCUUACACGACAAUAUCUUCCAGUCUGUUUUGUAUGGUUCCAUUCCCCGCUACGUCGAGCUUAUCAGUUUCAUCGAAAACCAAAUGCAGGCAUCAGUCGAGCCCAAGAGAGACCUCUUCUCUGUAAGGACAUGGACUGCCGAGGCAUACAACACCCUUCUCAGUUCUCCCCAAUUUCGAUCCGUUCGACAAGAACGACGUGAGCAAAUGACUCAGGAACUUGCAAACAUACUCAAAAUCUUCUUCAAGAGAGAACAGUUCCAGUGGUUUUGCGAAAACCUAAGCAAGCGAGUCGUGGUCCCUGCCAUGAAGCUUUAUGAGAAGUUUCUAGUUUCGACUAAUCACUUCUACCUCGACAUCAACCCCUUUAUCGUCAGGGCUGGGGGAGAGCUCACUACGUCAACCGAUUUCAUUGACACAAUCCGAAAACUCGACUGCAGGAAUGUGCUCCAGAACCGAAAGGCGUUCAACGUAGAAAAACUCGAUCCGCCGCCAUCCAAGAAGGAGUUGUAUCAUCGCCUGCAGAAUAUCUGCACUGUGGUACCGGCCUUAUACAUGAGACAGAUCGGGCAGAGAGAUGCUAUCAAAGAUCCAAUUGUAAUCCGGAAGCAACAGAUGCUGGUUGCCUGGGGGCCGGAAGAGAAACGCCGCGCUUAUCAAAGCGGCGGUGAUCGCACACUUGUCUCGCAUUUGUAUGCUUCUAAAAGUGCAGCCGAAGGAUGGGCUGCCUUCUUGAAGUGA